AUGGUGAAGUUGAACCUCGCAGGAGCCGUGCUGGCCGCGGCAGCCCUGAUUGCAUCCUCUCUAGCUGCGCAAUCGACCUUCAUCGCCCCCACUCAAUCCGUCGCCUUCGCGCUGAGCAUUCCGGAUGAUGCCAGCAACGAUGACAUCUACUUCAGCAUUGCCAUGGCCCGCGGGCUGAGCUGGGCUUCCGUUGGAAUUGGUGGGCACAAAAUGCCCGGGUCCCUCAUGUUCAUGAUAUACCCUUCAGCAUCCGAGAAAAACGUGACCUUCUCACCCCGCCUCGCAACCGACCACACGGAGCCAGAAUUCUACCCCAGCCUGGACUUCGAGACACUAUCCAACGCCACAGGCCUGGUGAACGAGACGACAUAUAUUUACAGCGCCGUCUGCCACAACUGUCGGACCUGGCGGGGCGGCUCCCUCGAUGUGAACAGCACUUCGCAGCAGUUCAUCUUCGCGACGGGGCCGGGUGGGGAAGAGGGCAGCGACAGCGACCAGGCAUCGGUGAAGCUUCACUACGAACACGGUGCCUUCACCAUGGACAUGCGGCAUGCCACUGGCCCUGCCGGCCCCGCAGUGUUGAACGCCGUCACGGCGGACGACAACGAGGGAUCCGUGUUGGUGGGUGAGCCUGUUGAGGGUAUGAACGACUGGGUGGCUGUGAUCCAUGCCGUGUUUAUGAUAGGGUGUUUCGUCGGCCUAAUGCCUUUUGGUAUCUUGAUACUGCGCCUAGGUGGGUGGGUAAGAUGGCAUGGGCUCAACCAGGGCGUUGCCAUGAUUGGUGUGAUUGUAGGCCUGGGACUGGGAAUUAAGGCCGGCACGCUUUACAACAGGACCAAGAACUUCAACACGGCUCACCAGGUCAUUGGCAUCAUCGUCUUCAUAUUCAUCCUGGCCCAGUUCACGUUGGGUGUCAUGCACCAUCGAGUUUUCAAGAAGACCCAGCAGCCCACCAAGUUCGCCCCAAUCCACGUCUGGCUGGGCAGGGCAGCCAUCAUUUUGGGGAUAGUGAAUGCCUUCCUCGGUUUCCCACUUGCCCUGUCUCCCCGGCACAACUACACGCUGCUGGGACUCGUCAUCGCCGUCUCCUCGGUCAUCCUCAUCUUGCUUUCCAUGAGGCUGGUGUUCAUGAGACGUCGUCAGCGCCGUGAGGAGGAGAGACGGAAUGAGGGGCCCACUGGGUAUCAGGCCGAGCCGUGGAUGGCACCUGGCUUGCACCAGCACAGCAACGCUGGCUCCUUUGAGAUGGGAUCUCUAAGGAAGAGCGGCAGUACUACGGUUGUCGAGGCUAGACCUCCGCCGGCUUAUGCGUAG